AUGCCAUUAGCAACUGAUCUUCUUCAUCCAUCAAUCGACAAGGAACGUCGAAAACAUAAGAAGAAACGACUUGUGCAAAGUCCAAAUUCAUACUUUAUGGAUGUUAAAUGUCCAGGUUGCUACAAAAUUACAACAGUCUUCAGCCAUGCACAAACUGUAGUUUUAUGUGUUGGUUGUAACUACGUACUUUGUUCACCAUCAGGUGGUAAAGCUCGUCUUACGGAAGGUUGUUCAUUUCGUAAGAAACGCGAUACACCAUUGGCACGCAAAGAUGAUAAUGAACGAAACUAA